AUCUUCCUUGUUGAGGUCACCUUAUAGAUUUCUCUAGAAAACAAUGGGAAUGUACAAAGGCAGAAAAGACAUGACUGAGACGAUAUUAAACCUUACCCUGGAGAUCAUCUACCUGCUCAUUGGAGAGGAUUACACAGUAGUGCAGAAAACAUCUAGUGAGCAUGUGACUCUGAAAAGCCACCCCCAUUUCUCAGAACGAUUGAGCAGGAGCCUGAGUCCCAUCAUGGAGCCUCCACCUCACUCACUAAUACUACAGAGAGACAAUCAGCAGAAGAUCCUAGAACUCACCAACAAGAUCGUUGAGCUGCUGACUGGAGAGGUUCCUAUAAGGUAUCAGGAUGUCAGUGUCUACUUCUCCAUGGAGGAGUGGGAGUAUUUAGAAGGACACAAGGAUCUAUACAAGGAUGUCAUUAUGGAGGACCACCAGCCCCUUUCAUCGCCAGCUGGAUCUAGUGAGGGAAAUCUACCAGAGAGAUGUCUUAGUCUUCUGUAUUCCGCGGAUUGUCCAGAGGUAGAUGAGAAUGUCCCACAGGAUCAUCAGUUUGAAGACCUGAUUUCUAUAAAGGUUGAUUCUUCAGUGGGAGAAGAACAAACAUGUUCAAGGAGUAAGGAGAAGUUUAAGGAGGAGCAUAUUCCUGUAGUUAUCACUUCUGCAGAUGACUACAGCAAAGAUUUGAAGGGAGAUCUCUUCAGUAUUCCAGAGUGUCAAGUAGAAUUAAAGAAUAUCACACAAUAUUCUCCAGGAGAAAGUACUGUUACAGAAAUGUUUUACCCUGAAUACAACAGCCUUGAUCUGUCAUGUUAUCUUUCCAACCAAGAGCAACCUUCUGCUCAUAGAUCAGAUACUAUUACAGAACAAACCUAUAAUAGGGAAUGUGACUUAUUUCCUAGACCAGAGUUAGGGAAAAGUUUUACCCAGAAAGCGUACAUUCUUAAUCCGAGAACACACAAGGAUAUAAAAAAAGUUUCAUCUUCUGGCUGUAACAAAUGCCUUAUCCCGAAUGAUGGUCGUCUAAAGAUUCAUGGAGGAUUUUCAUGCUCACUGUGUGGGAAAAGUUUUUGCAGAAACGCAAAUCUUAUUCAGCAUCAGAAAAUACACAAAACAGAGAGGCCAUUUUCCUGUCCAGAAUGUGGAAAAUGUUUCGGACGGAAAUCAGAUCUUAUGCAGCAUCAGAGAAUUCACACAGGUGAAAAGCCAUUUUCGUGUCCAGAGUGUGGGAAAUGUUUUACCCAGAAAUCAGCUCUUAUUCAACAUCAGAGAUUUCACACAGGUUUGAGGCCAUUUUCAUGUUCAGAAUGUGGAAAAUGUUUUAUCACCAAAUCAGAUCUUGUCAAACAUUGGAAAAUCCACACAGGAGAGAGACCGUUUUCAUGUUCGGAGUGUGGGAAACGUUUUAUUUGUAAAUCAGCUCUUGUGGAACAUCAGAGAAUCCACACGGGAGAGCGGCCAUUUUCAUGUUUAGAAUGCGGCAAACGUUUUACCCAGAAGUCAAGUCUUGUUGAACAUCAGAGAAUCCACACUGGGGAGAAGCCAUUAUUCUGUUUAGAAUGCGGAAAAUGCUUUGCCAAAAGAUCAAGUCUCUUUAUACAUCAGAGAUUUCACACAGGCGUGAAACCAUUUUCAUGUUCAGAAUGUGGGAAAUGUUUUACCCAGAAAGCCGGUUUGGUUGAACAUAACAAAGUUCACACCAGAGAAAAGCCAUAUUCGUGAUUGGAAUGUGGGAGAAGUUUUAUGCAGAAGAGAAGUAAAAGCUAUAUCCUAAGUAUUCCAUCCACGAGACAGAUCUUGACAUUUAGGACCUUACAUGUUGUUUUAACCUACAGUAACAAGUUUUCUACCCCCUUGUGUCAUGCUUACAUACAUUGAAGUCACUUGUUUUAUUCAUUUGACACUAAAUAUAAAAAGUUAAAUUUAAAAAUAAAUUAGGAAAUACAUAAAAGA